AUGGUUACAGGUGCAAGGAAGCCUCCCUCCCGAAAGGGUUCCAUGGCGGAUAUGCCCCGGGAUCUGAAGGAGCAGAUCGAGAAGCUCGAGGAGCUCUUUGUCGUGCCUACUCAGAAGCUGAAGGAGAUCACGGAUCACUUCGUGAAGGAGCUUGAGAAGGGUCUGACAAAAGAAGGAGGAUCAAUCCCCAUGAACCCAACAUGGUGUAUGGCUUUUCCUGACGGUAACGAGACCGGCCGGUACCUUGCUCUCGACAUGGGAGGGACCAACUUGCGCGUCUGCGAGGUGACCCUGACCGAUGAGAAGGGCGAGUUCGAGAUCAUUCAGUCCAAGUACCGCAUGCCCGAGGAGCUGAAAACGGGAACCGCCGACGAACUUUGGGGCUAUGUUGCCGAUUGUUUGCAGCAAUUCGUCGAAUAUCACCAUGAGGACGAGCAGCUUGAGGAUCUGCCUUUGGGUUUUACGUUCUCUUACCCGGCAACUCAGGACUACAUCGACCACGGUGUUCUCCAGAGAUGGACAAAAGGAUUCGACAUUGACGGAGUUGAGGGGCACGAUGUUGUACCACCCUUCAACAAGGCCCUGGCUGAGCGUGGAGUGCCUAUUAAGCUGGCCGCUCUGGUCAACGACACCACUGGCACUAUGAUCGCCUCCGCAUACACCGACGCGGAGAUCAAAAUUGGAUGUAUUUUCGGAACUGGCUGUAACGCUGCAUACAUGGAGGAGUGCGGUGCUAUCCCUAAGAUUGCACACCUCAACCUCGACCCCAAGCUACCCAUGGCUGUCAACUGUGAAUGGGGCGCAUUCGACAACGAACACCAGGUCCUACCCCGCACACAAUACGACGUCAUCAUCGACAAGGAGUCACCUCGUCCUGGUCAGCAGUCAUUUGAAAAGAUGGUCGCUGGGCUGUACCUGGGCGAGAUUUUCCGCUUGGUCCUUUUGGACUUGCACAAGGGCCACGAGUGCGCGAUCUUCGAGGGUCAAGAUGCCAGCAAACUGGAGAGGCCCUACUCUCUGGAUGCAGGAUUCCUUUCUGCCAUCGAGGAGGAUCCUUUCGAGAACUUGCUAGAGACUGGUGACCUCUUCCAGAACAAGCUUGGCAUCACAUGUUCAAAGCCAGAGCUCGAGCUCAUCCGACGUCUGGCUGAGCUUAUCGGCACCCGUGCUGCGCGUCUGACCGCGUGCGGUGUUGCGGCCAUCUGCAAGCACAAGAACUGGGACCAGACACACGUUGGUGCUGACGGCUCCGUCUUUACCAAGUACCCCCAUUUCAAGAUCCGCAAUGCGCAGGCACUGAAGGAGAUCCUGGAUUGGCCUGCGAAGUAUGGCAAGGGCAAGAACGACCCUGUCGAGAUUCUACCCGCGGAAGACGGUUCCGGUGUUGGUGCUGCUUUGAUUGCUGCGCUCACGAUCAAGCGCGUGAAGGAAGGCCAGCUUGCGGGUAUCCAAGACCGUGAUGCUAUGCUGAAGAUAGCCGGAAAGAAGCCUCGGGCAGCAUGA